UACGAUGUUCACACUCCAAACUUCAUGAACGUCAUACAUGGCUUUCAUUUAACAGUACAUAAAGAUAUUACUGCGUUUGUUCUCUAAUCAAGGAAAAACAUUCGCAUCCUCUUCGGUUAAAAGUCCAAGACAGCUGCUAUAGUCUUCUCUACAAGUACUCUCUGGAAAAGGUAUAAUUUCUAAGGAUGCCAGCAGCUACUGGAAGCGAUGCAGCAGAGGGGAAGGGUGAUCGUGAGGAAAUACUAUGGCAGGCCCUGAAAGAGCAUAUAAUGCGUGAACGCCAAAAGAAGAAAGAAGAACAAGAAGCAGAAGUUGAAGAGGAGAGACUGAGAAAAGAACGGGAGGCCAGAGAUCGACAGGAUGCCAUGACAUUGGGUGAGACGAGAGAGCAAAUACAAUUACUGAAUACCAAGCUGGAAGAACUGAAAAAUGAGAAACAGCAACUGUUUCUGAGGUUGAAGAAGGUCCUGAACGAGGACGAAAAUCGAAAAAAGCAACAGCAGCAGAAAGACAGCGAAAUGUUUGCAUUGCAAAAUAUGCAACAAGGACCUCAUCAAAUAUUUCUACCGCCCAGAGCUCCUCACCAACAACUUAUGCAAAAGUAUUUGCAAGGUGGACCGCUUGCCAACCAACCACCCAAGCGUAGUCGCAGUCCAUCGCCGCAAGGUCAAGGCUAUUGGAAGGGGACAUCAAAACAUGAAGACGGUAAAAUUAGAGGCAAUGAGGGUGGUCGAGCUGUAUUAUGGAACAAAACCACUUAUCAGAAUCCAACCGGAACGAUGUAUUAUCCGAGCAAUAAUCAACAGGAUUCUCGUGUUCAAUCGUCAAUCAUAUACCCAACGUAUCCGCCGAAUUUGAAUAUUCCACAUCGAGGCUAUCAUGUUGAAAUUUCACCACAACAACCGCCUCCAUCUAGUCAAUCGCAACAGAUGAAAUCCGAUACAAAACCGACGCAAAAUGCUCAGGUUUACCACAUCAAUCUCGAUCCGCCACAAUCUCAACAAAAUUCGCAACAGCAUAAGCAGCAUCAGAUGAAUCAACAAGUCACGUUAGACAAAAUUCAUCGCGGUCCACCGCAACAGCAACAUCAUCCGCAACAGCAAUCGCAACAAGGACAUUUAUCCGAAAGUAUUGUCUAUUCAAUGCGUCCAGGAAUGCCACCGAUUCAUCAAAAUGUAAUGUCUUCAAUGCCACCCAAUCAGCAGAAUCCGAAACCCGGUAGCAUUACACAAGGAUACCAGAAUCGCGGAAUGAAUCCACAGGUUCAACAUUAUCGUUACUGAACGUUGUUUGAUUGACUGAUCGGAUUUUUUAGUUGAAGGUGUUAACAACCUAGCGUUAGCACAAUCUAGAUUGGUUAUAGCUUAAGGAAUAAUUGAAUCGAUUUAAGGAAUUUCUAUGGACAAUUAAAAGCUACUUAUAGUGAAGGUACAAA